GCGCCACAAAUUUAGCCAAACCUGCUGUAGCUACUAUUGCUUUAGAGAGAGAAAUAUCAACCAGAAUCGGCGGCCAUGGCGGUAGCUUCAACAUCUCUUGUAUCCCAACUCUCCGGCCCUAAAUCUGCCAUAUCUACUGCCCCACACUUCUCUGGUCUCCGUCGAUCUUGCUCAAAGCUCGACCAGUCACUUUCUCUCACUUCUGCAACUCAAUCUCUUUUCCAUCGCGUCGAUUCCCAUCUCCGUCUCUCCUCCAAGACGAAAGCUUGCAGAGGGGUUAUCACCAUGGCUGGUUCUGGAAAGUUCUUUGUUGGUGGAAACUGGAAGUGUAAUGGAACUAAGGAGUCAAUCUCCAAGCUUGUCUCUGACCUGAAUAAUGUAACAUUGGAGGCGGAUGUUGAUGUGGUUGUUGGACCUCCCUUCCUUUACUUAGAUCAGGUGAAGGGCUCACUAACAGAUCGAAUUGAGAUUGCAGCUCAGAAUUCAUGGAUCAGCAAGGGUGGGGCCUUCACUGGAGAAAUUAGUGUGGAACAAUUAAAGGAUAUUGGCUGCAAAUGGGUCAUCCUCGGUCAUUCUGAGAGGAGACAUAUUAUUGGGGAAAAUGAUGAGUUCAUAGGAAAGAAGGCUGCUUAUGCCUUGAGCCAGGGUGUUGGAGUCAUAGCCUGCAUAGGAGAACAGCUGAAGGAAAGGGAGGAAGGAAAAACUUUUGAUGUCUGUUUUCAGCAGAUGAAGGCUUUUGCAGAUGCUGUGCCUAGUUGGGAUAAUGUAGUUGUUGCAUAUGAACCUGUGUGGGCAAUCGGAACUGGUAAAGUUGCGACACCUCAACAAGCUCAGGAGGUGCAUGCUGCUGUUCGUGAUUGGCUAAAAAAUAAUGUUUCUGCUGAAGUUGCUUCUAAGACUCGUAUUAUAUAUGGAGGAUCUGCAAAUGGGAGCAACUGUGGUGAACUGGCUAAACAAGAAGAUAUUGAUGGAUUUCUGGUAGGAGGUGCUUCACUAAAGGGACCUGAGUUUGCGACCAUUGUGAAUUCGGUGACAUCGAAGAAGGUAGCUGUUUGAUUGUAACAAAAUCUUGUGAUUUCUUGUACUGUGUCCAAAUAAAGAGCUUUGAGGAUCAUUUUCUUUGGUUUUUUUAUUGGAACAUACAAUAGGAUAUGAGCCAAUUUUCAAAAUUACAUUUUACAAUAUGUAAAACAGCACUCAGCUAUAGUUAUUUCACAGAUUUGUCGCGGUCGGAACAAAAAUAAAACGAAAAACCUAUCUUUUGGUUGAAA